GACCAGGACACACUAACAACACGACUUUAUUGGCAGCCAUUACGAUCUUAGAAGUCAGAGUCAAUGUUUAACCAUGGACCCCCGCACCAGUGCCCAGAACGUGCUGCGAUGUGACCUGUGUGAGACCGCUGUGGUACAGAUGCACUGUGAUACAUGUCUUGUCAACCUGUGCACAGCUUGUGUAGGAAAAAAUAUGAUAUCUGAUGAAACCAAGGACCACAAGAUAACAAAAACAUCACUAAAAGCUGGCUCCUCUCCUCCAGUCAAACAGCUGCUUGAUGAACCAGAGACUGUUACCACUAUAAACACUGGAAAUGGAGAUCUUAACAAUAUGGCCUGUCUGAGUGAUAAAAAUAUAUGGACAAAUGGAUAUGACAGCACCAUGGAACUUUACAGCAUUAAUCAGGGAUCGCUACUCAAGUCAAUGACAACCAAGUCAGGGAACGAACCUGAGGUCAUAGCAGUGACAAAAAGUGGAGAUUUAGUAUAUACUGAUUACAAAGAUAGAACUGUGAACAUUGUGAAGAAUGAGAAGAUCGAGGAGGUGAUCAGACUACAGAACUGGAGACCUCGCGGUGUCUGCAGUACCUCCUCUGGUGACCUCCUGGUAAUCAUGCACAGUGAUGAUUACAAACAAGGAAAAAUUGUACGUUACUCUGGCUCCACAGAGAAACAAACCAUUCAGUUUGAUGAUAAAGGUAAACCUCUCUAUUCAACUGAUGGGUUUUACAGAUUUAUAACUGAGAACAGGAACUUUGAUAUUUGUGUGUCUGAAACUGGAUUAGAAGCAAUAGUGGUCAAUCAAGCCGGGAAAUUGCGAUUCAGGUACCCUGGACAUACUCCUGCUCCAAAGAAUAAAACAUUCAAUCCACGAGGAAUCACCACAGACAGUCAGAGUCACAUCCUUAUAGCUGAUCAUAACAAUGACUGUGUCCACAUCAUAGACCAGGAUGGACAGUUCCUCCGUUACCUAGACUGUGGACUGAGUCAACCCCGGGUACUGUUUACAGAUGUAAAUGACAACCUGUUUGUUACGCAGUGGAAAAGCAAAAAAGUAAAGAAAAUUAAAUAUUUGUAUUGAUUCUAGGACUGUGUAUUUGAGCACAUAAACCAAAUUUUUGAU